AUGUCUCGGCAGUCCGUCUGCAGGAGCUUCGGAGGGGGCGGCCGGAGGGGCUACAGCUCCUGCUCGGCCAUCGCCGGGGGCUUCGGAGGGGGAGGCAGCAGGAGCAGGAGCAGCUACAGCUCCUACUCCGUCUCCAGGGGCUUUGGAGGCGGAGGCCGCUGCGGGGGCUUUAGCAGCAGGAGCCUGCACAGCAUAGGUGGCGGUGGAAGGAUCUCCAUGGGCGGCUGCUACGGCGGCGGAGGCUACGGAGGAGGCAGGAUGGGAGGCUUCGGCGGAGGGGGCAUGGGAGGCUUCGGGGGCGUGGGCGCCUAUGGCGGAGGCAUGGGCGGCUAUGGCGGAGGCAUGGGCGGCUAUGGCGGGGGAGGGAUGGGUGGCGGAGGGAUGGGAGGCUUCGGUGGGCCCGGCUUUGGCAUGGCGGGCUUCGGGGGGCCGGGCAGAGGCGGCCCUGGGAUCCAGCCGGUGCAGAUCGACACAGCCCUCCUGCAGCCGGUCCACGUGGAGAUCGACCCCCAGAUCCAGCAGGUCAAAAUCCAGGAGAAGGAGCAGAUCAAGACCCUGAACAACCAGUUUGCCUCUUUCAUUGAUAAGGUUCGCUUCCUGGAGCAGCAGAACAAGGUCCUCUCCACCAAGUGGGAGCUCCUCCAACAGCAAGGACCUGCAGGGCCCAGGAAGAACCUGGAUGUCAUCUUUGAGAACUACAUCCAGAACCUGAGGAGGCAGCUGGACUCCAUCCUGGCACAGAGGAGCCAGCUGGAGUCGGAGCUGCAGAGCAUGCAGCAGUAUGUGGAGGAGUUCAAAAACAAGUAUGAGGAAGAGAUCAACAGGAGGACAUCUGCUGAGAACGAGUUUGUGGUGCUCAAGAAGGAUGUGGACUCUGCCUACAUGACUAAGGUGGAGCUGGAAGCCAAGGUGGGAGCCCUGACUGAUGAGAUCAACUUCCUGAGGUGCAUCUAUGAGGAGGAGCUGGCUCAGAUGCAGACCAUCAGCAGGGACCUGUCUGUGGUGGUGUCCAUGGACAACAACCGGCACCUGGACCUGGACAGCAUCAUCCAGGAGGUCAGGCAGCAGUAUGAGCAGAUAGCUCAGAGCAGCAGAGCCGAGGCUGAGGCUUGGUACCAGAGCCAGUACGAGCAGCUGCAGAGCACAGCUGGCAGGCACGGGGACAGCCUCCGCAACACCAAGAUCGAGAUCCAGGAGCUGACCAGGAACAUCCAGAGGCUGAGGGCUGAGAUUGAGAGCGUGAAGAAGCAGAACAAUCAGCUGCAGGCAGCCAUUGCUGAGGCUGAGGAGCGUGGGGAGAUGGCCCUGAAGGAUGCCAGGAUAAAACUGGAGGAGCUGGAAACUGCCCUGAGCAAAGACAAGGAGGAGCUGGCUCGCCUGCUGAAGGAGUACCAGGAGCUGCUGAACAUCAAGAUUGCUCUGGACGUGGAGAUUGCCAUGUACAGGAAGCUGCUGGAGGGAGAGGAGAACAGGCUGUGCAACGAUGGAAUGUCCAACGUCAAUGUCUCUGUGGUAGGCAGGACCACAGUGUCCGGAGGCAGAGGAGGCUUCGGAGGAGGCAGCGGCAUGGGAGGAGGCUUCGGAGGAGGCAGCGGCAUGGGAGGAGGGUUCGGCGGCGGCAGCUGCGGCAUGGGAGGAGGCUUCGGAGGAGGCAGCUGCGGCAUAGGAGGAGCAGGAGGCAGCUUCGGAGGGGGCAGCAUGGGCGGCAGCUGCGGCAUGGGGGGAGCGGUGUACGGCGGCGGCUUCUCGUCGGGCAGCGGCAGGGUGUGCGGCUCCGGCGGGGGCUCGUCCUCCGUGCGCAGAUGUGUGACCACCACCUCGGUCAAGUCUUCCGGAGUGAGGUUCUGAGCCCCGCGGGCAGCGAGCAGAAGGAAAGCAGCAGCUC